AUGAACUUACAUCCUGUGCUGACCCUUAAGCCAAAUCGGUGCCAGCUAUUUACUGGAGAGUCUGUUACAUUCGUUUGUGACGUGGGGGAAGAGAGGAGCACUAACUUGCUAUACAGAUUCAAUGUGAAUGAUGGGGAAUUUCUCACAUGGUCUAGCCAUAACCGCUACACACUACAACCCGUAGCGACCGGUCACAGUGGUGUAUACCAGUGUGAACUAUACCCCAGUUAUAAAAAGAGUAACAAAGUCAGUCUGACUGUAUCAGAUCAUAAUCUUAUCCUGGAAAGUCCUCCAUUUGCCGUUUUUCUUGGAGAAUCGGUUACUCUGCGCUGCUGGGAUCAUUCUUGGACAAAAGUCAGCGCUACUUUCUACAAAGAUGGAAGCCAAGAGUCACUCCGCACAUCUGAAGCCACAACAGAGUUGACCAUUAAUUCAGUAUCAAAAUCAGAUGAGGGCUUCUACAAGUGUAAACGCAGUCAUGAUGAGUCCAAAGAGACAAUGCUUAAAGUGGAAGAAAAACCAAAAGCCAAACUAACAUCUGACAGAGGAGAAAUUCCUGAAUCGGGCACAGUGACGCUGACCUGCUCUGUUGAGGUCUCUGAAGGCUGGAAAUACUACUGGUACAGAAAUGUUACACGUAGAAGUGAGGAAGUUGUGGAAGGUGGUGCCUCCCUCCACUAUAGAUCUGUCAGGGUGUCACAAGGCGGACUGUACUGGUGUGAAGGAGGGAGAGGAGACCCUGUUUACUACACACACAGCAGUGAUCCAAUCAGCUUGGACAAAAUUGUUAGCACCAGGCCUGUUGUGACCCAGCAACCCAACUGGCCUCACAUAUUCAGCGGAGAGAGCGUCACCCUCCAAUGUGAGAUCCAUGGAGGCAGAAACACUCAGUGGGAGUAUGAAUGGACCACAAGCAGCUCCAGCACACCAUUAAACCAAGCUGUACACAGGAUUAGCAGAGCUUCUUCAUCCAACAGCGGAGGCUACAGGUGUAGGGGCAGAAAGACACUUGAAUAUUCUUCAACAGCUUGGAGUAAUUACUUCCAGCUGACAGUAUCAUCAUCUAAACCUCAGCCCACACUGAAAGCUGAUAAAGAGGCUAUACCAGUAGGAGGCAAAGUAAUCCUGACCUGCAAUGUGCCUGAAUCUUCUGGCUGGAAAUAUUACUGGUACAGAAACAAGAAAGACUCGAACCCUCUGGCCGCAAAGGGCGGUGUUCCCUACUCAGGUUCACAAAUCAGCAUCUCAGAGGGAGGACAAUACUGGUGCAGAGGAGGGAGAGGCGACUCAGUUUACUACACAGAGUACACAUCAAUCACCAUUCACAACGCACAUAAACCCGAGCCGAAGCUCACUGUGUCUCCCUCAUGGUUGAGUCCUGGGGCUUCAGUAACUCUGAACUGCGGCGUCGAGUAUCCCUCUGCAGGAUGGAGGUUUUACUGGUACAAGGCUGUUCCCCAGCUGUCAUCCAGCUCCUACACUUACGAGCUGCUGCCUGACAGGGAAGCUGGCACUGCAGAGGGCUCCUACGUCAUUCAUGGGCUGACACACACGGCAGGAUUUAUGUGUCAGGCGGGAAGAGGAGACCCAGUGGUUUACACAAAGAACAGCACAACUAAGUUUGUCUGGUCUGGAGAUCGUCGCCCAUCAGCCUCUGUCACAGUCAGUCCCAACAGAACGCAACACUUCAGAUACGAGUAUGUCACCCUGACAUGUGCAGGAAACUCCAUUCAUGGGAAAAUGAAGAGAUUUUUUGAGGGGAAGAUAAAAACGUUGUCCUGGAGAGCCCUGUCUAUCCUGUGA